AGAAACUAAGUGACGUGACUGCUCUGGCACAAGUUAUUAUCUAUCGUCAGAGAGGGAGUUACUUUCAACUAACUGUUGGGACGCGGCUCGGACUACACAGAACAAACUCUCUUUAUGAAUGUUGUGACAUUGUAAUACAGUUUGUGGACAUUCUCUUGUGCACUCGGAGGUAAUUAGACCAACUUUAGAGCGGAAGAAAGCCUGAAGAAAGUUUACCAAACGCCGAGGCGGUGAAUCACAUUUUCCAUAAAGAUGUACAAUGAAUAAUGGACUUUCAUAAAGCAGGUUUUUAUCGAAACAAUUAAGCGCGACGUCUUAAGACAAUGUUUGUUCAUUUGUAAGAAGGCUUUGCUGGUGGCGUUUUAAUAGUUUAAUCGAUGCUCUAUCCUUUUAGUCGUUUUAUCGAUUAGUACCGACGUUUUAAUGUUAGUAAACUGAUAGUAAAAGCCGAGAGAGUUCGUAUUCGCCAUGUAGCGUGUUUCCUCGCCUGUGUUUGGAGAUGUGGAUUUGUGUCGUGGGAGGAAUGUGAGUGGAAGUGUCGCUCAUGGAGCUUCAGGUGGUAUGCGGAUUGCUCUACUGCUGUCUGCUGCCCAUCUUUUUACUGGCAGCCUGCAUAUUUCGCUACAAUGCCUUGUCUUUAGUCUACCUUCUGUACCUGCUGCUAUUACCAUGGUUUCAGUGGCCCAACAAGCACACACUACGAGGACACACUGGAUGUUACAUCAAGGCACUCUUCAGCACCAGUCUGAUUUUUAUCUUGGGACACGUUACCUUUCAGAUCUGCCUGUAUACCAUCCCAAGCCUUGAUGACGCACUGGGACACAACUGCAGCUCAUGGGAGACGCUAUCAAGACAUGUUGGAGUGUCCAGGCUCCCGCUGGAAGAUCCUCAGGGUGUGCUGUGGCUCCUGACCCCAGAUUUGGGCGUCUUCAUCAUGUCGCUGAUCACCCUGAUCUUGUGUAGCCGUCUGUUGAAGAAGAGAGACGAGGGCUCCGUUCCUCACAUGUCUGCUCUUCUGCAUGAGGCGGAUGAAACAGAAGACGAUGAUGAGGAUGUGGAAGGGGAAGAUGAGGGGAUGUUGUCCUGUAGUGAGACUGAGGAUGAGGAGAGUCCUUCCUCAAGCAGUGCAGCACAAUUGGCAGCUCGUCUGCGAGCCACAGCACAGCGCUUUCUUAGGAACAUGGGCCGCAUCCUGGCUGUAACACUACUAGCUCUAGCUGGAAUCACUUUACCUUCUGCGUUCUCUGCCUUCUACUUCCUUCUCUUCAUCGGAGUGUGCACAUGGUGGGCUUGUCACUUUCCCAUCAGCCAUCUGGGCUUUAAUGCCCUGUGUGUGAUGGUGGCCUUCUUCACCGGUGGACACCUGGUGUGUCUUUACCUGUAUCAGAGCUCAUUCGCCCAGGCCAUGUUCUCUCCUGCGGGCCUGUGGGCCAGACUCUUUGGCCUGAAGGAUUUAGUAACACCAGGAAAUUGUACCACUUUUGAAGUCACCCUCAACACACAGUAUGACUGGCCAGUGUACGUCAAUCCCGGCAUUCUUCUGCUCCUCUACAUCUCUGUGACCAUUGUGCUGAAAAUCAACAGCAACAGUCUAGGAGAUGCAGACAAGGCCCGUGAGGGUGAAGCUGUGAAAACAGUGCAGGGUGAAGCUGGAGAAGAAGUAGAGCUCAGAUUGUGGGAGGCAAGGAGACAAAGCAGUGAAGAUGACACUAAGCAAACUCUUCUCACUACAGUAGAUUCUACUCUAUCUGAAUCACACAUCACUAAAGAGCCUGUGAUCAACGGUUCAAGCCAACAUGACAUAGGGCCCAGUGGAGAGGCUACGGUUGAUAAUCCUCUUCGUCUGGUGGGACGAAUGGUCUUGCAACAGAGUUACAUAUGUGCUCUCAUUGCCAUGAUGGUGUGGAGUAUAACGUAUCACAGCUGGCUGACAUUUGUGCUGCUGCUGUGGUCUUGUGUGAUCUGGAUGCUGAGGACACGUCAACGCUUUGCUGCUUAUUGCUCUCCCUUCAUCCUGCUGUACGGUUUAGCUCUGUGCUGCUUGCAGUACGUGUGGGCCAUGGACCUGGAGACAGAACUGCCCCAGCACAUCGGCUCCAUGAGCCUGCAUCAGCUGGGCCUGGACCGUGCACAGUACCCAUGUUUGCGCUUGGGUGCCCUGCUGCUGUUCACAUUGACUUUCUGGCUUCUGCUGAGGCAGUCAGUGAAGGACACAUUCAGCAGGAAGAAGAGUUUGACUGUGCCAUUGCAGGAGGUCACAACUGGAGAGAGCACAGGGCGAAAUGAGUCGAUUCUGAAGGUGUUUGGUGGGUUGGUGAUGAGCCUAUAUGCUAAAUACUGGAUCUACGUGUGUGGGGGAAUGUUCAUCAUGGUCAGCUUUGCAGGAAAGCUUGUGGCCUACAAGAUCGUAUACAUGCUGCUGUUUCUGCUCUGCAUGUGUCUCUACCAGGUUUACUACUCUCUCUGGAGGAGGCUGCUGAAGGCUUUCUGGUGGAUGGUGGUGGCCUACACCAUGGUGGUGCUCAUUGCAAUCUACACCUUCCAGUUUGAGGACUUUCCAGGCUAUUGGGGGAACUUUACUGGCUUCACAGAGCAACAGUUGGCAGACAUGGGACUGGAGACGUUUAAACUGUCUGAGCUCUUCACCAGUAUUGUGAUCCCGGGCUUCUUCCUGUUGGCCUGCAUAUUGCAGCUGCACUACUUCCAUAAACCGUUCAUGAAGAUCACAGACCUGGAGAACGUCUCUCCCAUCCACAGGAAGAGAGGUAUAGAUAAUCCAGAUUUGGUUCAAUCCACAGAAGAAGUGAGGCCUGAGGAGGAAGAGCUGAUCGUGGAUCAGGAUGAUUAUCCAUCAGAGGCUGACGAGGUGAUACCCAGCAAGUGGGGUCUAGUGAUGGACAGGCUAAUGGUGUUGUCCAGGAAGUUCUCUGACACCUUGACCCAUGUCCAGAGUUUCAUUUGGAGAGUCCUGGAGCUGCACAUCGUCAAAAUUGUUGCCUUUUUUGUUGUUUGGGUGGCACUUUUGGAGCCAUCUGCAAUGAACCUGGUGCUGGUGGUGCUGUGGAGUUUCGCGAUGCCGUAUGGCCGCUUCAGAGCCAUGGCCUCUUGUCUGUCCACCAUCUGGGUUUGUGUCAUCAUUGUCUGCAAGAUGCUGUAUCAGCUCAGUGUGGUCAACCCGGCGGAGUACUCCAACAACUGCACAGCGCCAAUGGUCAAUGAGACCAGUUUAGAACCAGAUGAAGUGCUGAACUCCACCCUGUAUAGAGCGUCUGUGGACCCUGCCAGCUGGUUUGGUGUUAGGAAAGACGACACAGUCCUUGGUUACGUCAAGGAUCAUCUGCUGGUGCUGAUGCUGCUGGUGUUUGAGGCAACCGUGUACCGGCACCAGAUUCAUCACUACAGACAGCAGCAACGAUCACCUCCUCCAAUCCCAGUCAUCUUCCCGCAGGCCACUCGUGAUACGCUGGACCAGGGUCUGCUCCACUGCAUCAAAUACAUGCUCAACUACAGCUUCUACAAAUUUGGACUUGAAAUCUGCUUUCUAAUGACCGUGAAUGUUAUCGGUCAGCGCAUGAAUUUCCUGGUUAUUAUCCACGGCUGUUGGUUGGUGGCCAUUAUGGUGCGGCGGCGCAGAGCAAAUAUAGCCACGAUUUGGUCAAAGUACUGCCUGUUUCUGGUUGUCUUCAUGAUAUACCAGUAUGUUCUGUGUGUGGGGAUUCCUCCUGCCCUCUGUAUAGAUUACCCAUGGAGAUGGAGAUCCACUGUAACUAUCCACUCGGCUCUGGUUAAAUGGAUGUACUUACCUGACUUCUACACCGUCCCCAACUCUAAGAACCUUAUAUCGGACUUCCUUUUGCUGAUGUGUGCCUCUCAGCAGUGGACGGUGUUUGACAAUGAGAAAAAGGAAGAGUGGAUGGUCAUGGGAGGAGAAAACCGAGACAAUCCAGACCCCAUGGAGAACAUGCUUUUCAAUCCUGCCCCAAACUUCAUCAACUGCAGAUCAUAUCUGGACAUGGCGAAGAUCCUGGUGUUCCGUUACAUGUUCUGGUUUGUGCUGUCGGUAGUUUUUGUGACCGGAGCGACUCGGAUCAGUGUUUUCGGCUUGGGUUAUCUGAUGGCCUGCUUCUUUUUCCUGCUGUUUGGCACAAAGCUGCUGACCAAGCCCUCGCGCACACGGCUGGUCAUGUGGGACUGUCUCAUCAUCUACAAUGUGGCUGUGAUCAUCUCCAAAAACAUCUUGUCUAUCUUGGCCUGUGUGUUUGUGAUGGAGAUGCAGAAGAACUUCUGCUGGGUCAUUCAGCUCUUCAGUCUGGUCUGCACAGUCAAAGGCUACUAUGACCCUGAAUCAGUGUGUAAUAAAGAUUGCUCUCUGCCUGUGGAAGAGGCUGGCAUUAUCUGGGACAGUAUCUGUUUCUUCUUCCUCCUGCUGCAGAGGAGAGUCUUCCUCAGUUUCUACUUUCUUCAUGUGUCUGCAGAUCUUCAGGCCUCAGCGCGACAGGCCUCUCGGGGUUUCGAGCUCUUCCGGGCCAGCAUUAUAAAGAACAUGCAUUUCCAUCAGCAGGCAGAGAGAAAGUCAAUUCAACAGCUGAAAGAAUCAAUGAAACGCAUACGUGGCAAACAACAGAAGUAUAAAGACGGACGUAUAACUUCUGAUAUAGAGGAGCAGCCCUCAGACCCCAAAGAACAGAAGAAGGAGACAAAGCUGUCUAAGUCUAAAAGCUGGCAGUAUCCCUGGGUGGAUCAUGCGACUGUGUUGCAUUCUGGGGAAUACUAUAUGUUUGAGUCUGACAGUGGAGAGGAGGAUGAAACCUUUCAGGAAGAACAGAAACCUCGCAGACAGACUGCCUUUCAGCUGGCAUAUCAGGCUUGGGUCACCAGUGCAAAAGAUGCCCUGAAAGAGCGUCAGCAGAGGCAGAGAAAGCAGAGAGCAGAAGCAGAGAAACAACAAAACGCUCAGGCUACAGACGACGCUGAGGAGGGUGAAACAGUCUUUGAUGGGGAAAAUUCCCAGCAUGCGGAGGAGAUGCAGGAGGAAGGAGAGGAUGCGGCUUCUCAAGCCACCGGCAGUGAUAUGGUGCAGAGGAUUCUGGACAUACUGAAGUUUCUUUGGGUGCUUUUCCUAGCCAUGGUGGACGGAUUCACCAUGUGGCUCAACCUUCUCACCAAGCAGUAUGUUGACACCUCAAUGGUCCUUAGUGAGGAGCGUUACCUGUUUAUUCACAACGUCAGCCAGAGAGCCUCCAGAGAGAACAUGGAUGAUCAGAUUUCACACGACAGUGAGGAUCUGACUCUGGAGACCUGUCUUGAUGAAACUGACACUGACAACAUUUGCGACACUAAUGUGGUGGAAUCUGAGACUCUGGGUGGUUUUGCGAAGAGCCGUGACUUUAGCAGCACAACUCUGUCAUCUGAACUCACACUCGAGCUUGACUGUGAACCAUUUUACAGCCAGCAAACACACCGACCUCACCGCUCCAGAACCGCCAGUGAACUGCUGUCAGAAAGGCCGUUCAGGGUGGAUGAGUUGAUCCAGAGUCGUGAGUUCUACUCGUCUCAGAACCGACUGCUGAAGCUGCUCUUUGCUCUCUAUAAUGUCCUGGCGGCUCACUCUGAGCUGGUUUGUUAUUUCAUUAUUGUGCUCAAUAACCUGGUGACAGCCUCUGUUAUCUCCCUGGUGCUGCCAGUUCUGGUCUUCCUGUGGGCAAUGCUGUCUGUGCCACGGCCUUCCAAGAGGUUCUGGAUGACGGCCAUCAUCUAUACAGAGGUAAUGGUGGUGGUCAAAUACCUCUUUCAGUUCGGCUUUUUCCCAUGGAAUACUGAGUAUGAGCUGAAGUUGAAUGAGGACAAGCCCUUCUUCCCUCCACGCAUCCUGGGCCUGGAAAAAACUGACAACUACAUCCGAUAUGAUCUGCUUCAACUGCUGGUGCUCUUCUUUCACCGCUCACUUCUCCAGCGUUAUGGUCUGUGGGACCAGGAGGGCCCUCUGGAAGAGAAGAGUGAUCUGUCACCUGCCGAGAAUAGCAAGAAUGAAAACGAUGAGAAAAAAUUUCAACACUCAGAUGAAGAGGACAGUCAAGCACAGCCAGAGCCCAACACUGAGGUGCUGUCACUGACACCGUCGGCAGAAACACCAACCGAUGCUGAAAUACAGACUGACCCAGAGCCCAACUCACACACAAACAACACAAAAACCUCUGAUACAGUCAAAAAUGAUGGGAUGAAAAAGAGUCACUUCCUUCGCUUCCGCAAGAAAAAAAAAGCAGAACCAGAUGCUGUUCAGAAAGAACCCAAAAAGAAGAAGAAGAAGUGCAAGACCAAACACAGCAAGGAGACCAGUAAAAAACUACUCAAUGCUAUUGAAGGGAAAUUCAAAAGCCUUUUCUUGUCCGUAGUGAAGAAUGUGUACAGGCCAACCUGGGAUUUCUUCCAGAACAUCCUGCAUGCGGAGUACAGGGCCUCAACUGAUGUCUAUGCUCUUAUGUUCCUCACUGACGUAGUGGAUUUUAUCAUCAUUAUCUUUGGUUUCUGGGCUUUUGGGAAACACUCGGCGGCGGCAGAUAUAGCCUCCUCUCUGUCCGAGGACCAGGUCCCUGAGGCAUUUCUGGUCAUGCUCCUCAUUCAGUUCAGCACCAUGAUCAUCGAUCGAGCAUUAUACCUGCGGAAGAGCAUCUUGGGAAAGCUCAUCUUCCAGGUUAUCCUGGUUUUUGGCAUCCACCUUUGGAUGUUUUUUAUCCUUCCUGCUGUCACUGAAAGGAUGUUCAAUCAUAACUCGGUGGCUCAGCUCUGGUAUUUUUUCAAGUGCAUCUACUUCACUUUGUCAGCGUAUCAGAUCCGCUGUGGAUACCCUACAAGAAUCCUUGGAAACUUCCUCACUAAAAAAUUCAAUCAUCUUAACCUGUUCCUCUUCCAAGGAUUCCGUCUGGUUCCAUUUUUAGUGGAGCUUCGAGCUGUGAUGGACUGGGUUUGGACAGACACCACACUCUCUCUCUCUAACUGGAUGUGUGUGGAGGACAUCUAUGCUAACAUCUUCAUCAUCAAGUGUAGCCGGGAAACAGAAAAAAAAUAUCCCCAGCCAAAAGGGCAGAAGAAAAAGAGGAUAGUCAAGUAUGGGAUGGGCGGCCUCAUCAUUCUCUUCCUCAUUUGCAUCAUUUGGUUCCCGCUGCUCUUCAUCUCGCUUGUUAAAUCUGUAGUUGGUGUAGUUAAUCAUCCUGUUGAUGUCACGGUCACGGUUAAGCUUGGAGGUUAUGAGCCUUUAUUUACAAUGAGUGUGCAGCAGCAGUCCAUCCAGCCCUUUACAGAGAGUCGCUACAAUCAACUCAACAAUCAGUUUAGCAAAAAUGCUGUGGCCAUGCAGUUUAUCACCAUGUACAGCUAUGAAGACAUAGUGACGGCCAACAUUGAGGGCAGCUCUGGGUCUGUGUGGCGGAUCAGUCCACCAAGCAGACAGGAGCUCAUAAAGGAGCUGCUCAGCAGCACAGGAGACAUGACCCUCCGUCUGGACUGGAACUUCCAGAGGGAUCUUGGGAAGGGAGGAACAGUGGAAAACACUUUCGACAAGCACUCCAUCAGUUUAGCACCAAAGAACCCUGUCCGAGCAGACCUGGCCUCGCUGCUGUUGGGCACCCGAAAGGAUCCUGUACAUGUGCCGCAUAUGUUUCCUAACUACAUCAGAGCACCCAGUGGAGCUGAAGCUAAACCUGUCAUGCAGCUGUUUGAUGGAGAUGAGGAGGGCUUUCAGGAUGUGACAGUGUCUCUAAUGAGAGAAGCCUCUGUAAACACCACUGGAGCUCAGGAAUGGUGGGACAUCAGUAUUGCAGACUGCAAAGAAUCAUGUAACGUCCUGCCAAUGAUCAUCUUCAACGAUAAAGUCAGUCCUCCGAGUCUGGGCUUCCUCGCAGGAUAUGGCAUCAUGGGUCUGUACGUGUCAGUGGUUCUGGUGAUUGGCAAGUUUGUGCGAGGUUUUUUCAGUGAGAUUUCUCACUCCAUCAUGUUCGAGGAGCUGCCCUGCGCCGACCGGAUCCUCAAACUCUGCAUGGACAUCUUCCUUGUGCGGGAAACCGGAGAACUGGAGCUGGAGGAAGAGCUCUACUCCAAACUCAUCUUCCUCUAUCGCUCUCCAGAGACCAUGAUCAAGUGGACGAGAGAGAAGAAUCACAACUGAAAGGCUUUUACUGUUGGUGACGUUGUAUAUUCAGUGUCGUUUGAACAGCAGAUCUAUAGCCAUUUUUCCAGCGCUGUGGAGCUGCAUUGAUGGACGCUGUUGGCUUCUUUGCACUCAACGGGUGGAUGAUAGAGGUCAGGUUUCCCCUCUGUUUUGGUUUCCGAUGUGAUGGACUCACAUACACACAUUCGCCAUCAGGACCUGAAGACUCAAAGCAACCGCUGGACGCAGAGUGGCAGGACCUUCAAACUCCUAAACACUAGUAGAGCAAGUCGAACAAAACCAUUUCUGGGUCAGAUUUCAUCCAUAGGGUUAUUGAUGCUUCUUACCAACACACAAAAAUUUAAAGGGAAAAUAUGCAAGGGGAAUGCUAUUAUACAAACUCAGAAAUCUUUCUUUUUAUUUGGAGAAUAAAAGUGAAAGUCAGAGAUUAUCUUGCUGUUCUGACAUUGAAAUAGUUUUUUUUUCUCAAAAACUUUAACCAAAAAUAAUUUAAAAAGUGAGAAAAAAGCAAAGUGUUAAACUUCACAAUUCUGAGGAAAAAAGCAAAAACUGCGAGAAAUAAAAUCACAAUUUCAAGUAAAAUUGAAUGUGCAAAAAAUAGUUUCAUAGUUUUCCUGUAAUUACAACUUUGUAACUUAAAAAAAGUCAUUUAAGUUAGAAUUGUGAGAACUCUUAGAAAGAUGUAAUUUUGAGGGGGAAGGGAGUUUUUUCCUCAGAAACUUAACCCAGAAAUAGCUUAAAGUGAGCGGAAAAAAGUCUAUAGCGAAAUCUUAUAAUAUUGUGAAAUGUUUUAAAAACUUGGCUCUUUGGAUGAGAAAUGUUUCCCCAGUGCAUUUAUGUCUGGCGUUUAUUUUAUCUUACAAUUAUGAUUUUUAUUUUUUUUUUCUACAAUUGGAAAUAACAAAAUUGCAAAUGGAAGUUUACAUCUCGCGACUAAAAUGAAACUAUUGCAAUUACUAUAUAUUUAAAGGGAAAAUAUAGGGGAAAGCUAUAAAACAAACUAAAUUCUUUUUUACUUCUCUGAUUUUACAAUUUUGAGAAGAAAGUUGCCAGCAAGUCGAGUUUAUCUUGCAGUUCUGAGAAAAUAAAAUACUAACUGAAAAAAUGUAGAAUUGCAAGAAAAUGUCAGAAUUGUGAGAAAGCUUAUAAACUUGCAAAUGCAAAAAAUAAAUAAAUAAAUAAUAAAUAUUAAUAAUAUAAUAAAAGAAAGUUUUUAAUACUGAACAAAAUCCCUCAAUUGUGACAUUCAAUUUUUAUUGUUUUUGUUUCAAUAACUUAACCAAAAAAUAGUUUAAAGUGAGAAAAAAAUGUCAAUUGCAAAAUGUUUUGUAAACUUCUCACAAUUCUUAGGAAAAGAGCUGUGAGAAAUAAUAUCAGCUUAAAAUCAGCUUAAAAAAAACAAACAAACCACAAUCUCAGUCAAAUGAAAGUUUAAUUUAAUUGCAAACACUGGAACAAAUCCUAUAAACUCAGAAUUAACACCUUUUUUUGCAUCUUAAAGUUUGUUUCUUGGAAUUAUGACUUUGUAACUUAAUUUAAAUAACAUUUUCUUUAGUCAGAAUUGUGAGAAAACUUAUAAAUGUGCAAAUGCGAAUUACAAUAGUUGUAAUUGAGAAAAAAAAAUCAAUUUGCGAGCUUUUAUCAGAAACUUAACCCAGAUAUUGCAAUUUUUUUUAUAUUAAUAUUUUCUUUCCGCAUUUAUGUCUCCCGUUUAAUUCUCUUACAAUUGUGAAUUUAUCUUAUGCAGUUGGAACUAACAACAUUUCAAAUGGAAGUUUACUUCUCUCCGCCUGAACUAUGAAGUUACAAUUGGAAAAUAUGACUCUGGGAAAGCCUAUAAUCUUGCAACUAGGUCAGAAUUUUCUGAUUUUUGUUUUGUUUGCUGGUUUUAUAGUUAAUAAUCCAGAAUUACAACUUUGUAACUUAAGAAAUGAAAUGAAAAUGAAAUCAGAAUUGUGUAAGCCUGUACACUUGUGAUUCAUGAGAAUGUUGAAAGUCUGAGAAGAAAAAGAAAUUGCGUGAAUACACAAAAAAGGAAGAUAAUUAUUUAUACUUUAAAGAAUUAAACCUUUAAUCAAAACCGAAUCUUAAAUCUUUUAAAAACAGAUCUCGGUUUCUUUGUGCUAAAUUUAAAAUGAAUACUGAAUCCUUAUUUGCUAUGGUAUUUGGGGGUAAAAUAUGACCCAGACAAGCUUUUUGACAGGUUUUGUGAGAUCUUUUUUUUUUUUAUAAAUAAUUUAAACUUUUUAUUCUGUUACUACAGCAGUGUUUACAAGCCAAAGUAUCUUCGGAUGAGAGCCAUUUAGUAUUUUGUUUUUACAGUCUCUGAUCAAACACUUGAAAUCAUUGAAAUGUCCGUCAAAUCCUUGGACAUCUGACAGCUGUAUUGUUUGCUUCCAUUGGCUCAGCGCUGGAAUGCUGUGCUUAGCGAUUUAAGGUUGUGAGGAUGAUGUUUUAAUCAUAUACGUCUUACGUGCGCAUGAUGUGUAAUGAGUGUGCCAAAUGUCAUCCGCCGCGGCUGGAAGAAUCGUUUCCACUGUAUGUAUGGUUAUGCAAAUGUGAGCCUGUAAAAAAUUCCUUGCUGAGUAAGCAGUUUGCUAAAUUAGGAAAUUCAAGAAUGUUGCCUGUCUGCACAAAUAAAUUACUGUAAUAUUGA